ACACCAACUUCACCGGAAAAGGAGUAUAUACCAGACGGUCAUGGCUGGGUGGGCUCCUUCAGAAUGCGAGCGAAGCGGUCAUUCGAGGAGAAGCAGAAGCCAAUGCCGAAGCCAGAGAACAAGAUGUCUGUCUUAGCUUUGCUCGCAAAGAAGCUGGUUCAUACUGUGCGCUUGCUUAAGCAUAAGAACAAGGAGUACAAGAGUUGGCAGAAUGUGAUAAGCGAGCUUCGCGAGGAAGGCAAAAAGCUGAAAGAAAGACGAAAAGCCAGAAAAAUGCUCGAACGAAGGUUGAAUCUGUUCAAGAAAGCGUUACGUAGUGAGGGAAUUGAUCGUGCUGUCAUCAAACACAUGAACGGGCUUGCGGAAGACGGGGACGAUGAUGAUAUGGAAGACGUAAUGAUGCAAGCAAAAGAACAGGAGAGCAAACUAACAGAUGAGGAGAAAAUGAUGCAGCACUCUCGUGAUAACUGA